AUGCCAACUACCAAUUUCAAAGUACCAGAUUAUGAGAUGACCAGAGUACCAGAGUACGACAGACCAAUUUCAAGUGGCAUAACACCUUACCAGCUAGCAAAAGCAAAACAUCAACAAAGGGUUCAAAGACCAUUGACUGCUCCAAAUAUAAUGGAUUUCAGCUUUCUACAACCAACAAAGAGCAGCACGGAAAGCAGCACGGAUAGCAACACCGAUAGGGGCAAAUAUGAAGAGCCUGAAUUUUUAAUCAGCAUUAGUAAUAUGUUCAAACAUGAAGACUUAGCCAGAAAGAUUGGCUAUCUACCUAGAGCAGUAUCGCCCUUACCAUCGCCUCCUCGAAAAGGUGUCCAACCAGACGCAAAUCUAAUUCGAGGAGAAAUUUACAAGGCGUUAAAGUACAAUGCAGAUGCCAUCAACUUCUUUGCUAGACUUUUCACAGAUAUCAGCCAAUAUGUAGAACGUUUUCUUGAUGAUUUUGGAUUAAACGUCAGAUACUUGUUGAAGAUCGUCAAAAAAAACGCAAUUCAACUUAUUCAAUUGAAAGAAAAGUUCGAGAACUUUGUCAACGUUAUUGAAAAUCAAAAUGAUAAUCGUGAACUACGUCAAGAGACAUUUCUUGCAGUACAAAAUCAUUAUAUUGAUUGUAAGUACGACAUGUUAGACGAUCGCAAAUAUUUUGAAAAAGAAAUGAAAAACAUUAUAAGUAAAAAGAAAGUUCCAACAUAUAGAAGGCUGGGGAACCUGGAUGAAAAAGAUUACAACAAGAUGCUAGAAAUUGCUCAAAAUAUUAUUGACAGAAUCGAAGUGUUCAUGAAAUGCGUUACAUAUGUGUUUAAGUUGUCAAAAAAUAUGAUCAAAGUAGUGAGUUCAUCAACAGAAGAAUCUGAAGUUGACGACAGUUAUGAAUUUUUUGAAUAUAAAAUGUCUGAUGAUAACGAUUCAACAUUCAAUCCUGUGGGUGAAAAAAGAGAAAUAACUGAGAUUGAAAUACCGAACAUCAGACAGCAUAAUGCAGAAAAUUAUAAUAAAUUGAUAGAAGGUGUCGAUCUUACCAAAGCAUGCAACUUCAAAGUUGAAAUAAGAAAAGUAAUGAAUUUCUUAGAUAAGACAAUUAAAACUGCUAAAGAUUUCUUACUUUUAAACUCGAUUUAUGAAGAAUUUAAAGCUAAAGUAGAACAUGACACAAAAAUAUUGAAUGAUCUUAAAGAGGGCUUGCAAAAAGUUUUACACAAUAUGGAGAUGAACACUUUUGACGACGCUGAAGACGAAAUGAAGAAAAUAAGCUUAUUGGCUCCUCAACUUUUUGAAGGUCGAGAUUUUGGAUCCGAUAAACUUGAACAUGUAAGACAGCAAUUCGUGGGGGAUUAUAAAAAAAAUUACAUGAAAGAUUGCGUCGAGAUAAUGAACAAAACUUACGCUUGUUCUUUACAUGCAAUGAUACUCAUGAAGAAGCUUCAAGUCUACAUCGAUCAUAAAAAGGAUUUUUUCAAUUACAAAAUCGAUAUAGGCGUUCCGAAAAAGUUAUUCCUUCUUGGUUAUAAUAUUAUGUCGAGAUUGAGAUCAACAGGUAUGUUUAAGCAGAUAGGCAAAGCUUUUGUUAAAAACGUUGAUGGAAAAAAGUUUAGAAUUGUACCAAGACGAGCAACUUUAAACGAACAAAUUCGAGGGUUUUUGGAAGAUCAGGAAGGAGUUCUUCAUGAAGUAGAUUUGACCCUCCGUGAACUAACUUUAAGGAGUUUGACUCAAGGAGAGCGAACUGUUCAUAUUAAAACUAAAGGUGUUAAUGUCACUAUUCCUAUCUUUGAAGUUGAUGUUCCUAAUGAAGAACUCGAUUCAACUGUCUACAUAGAUAGUAUCAAUUUAGAUAAGUUCGAAAUUUAUGGUGACGAAGAUAUGAGUCUGUCAGAACAGGCCAAAAAGAAAUGGUUCAACCGUCCAUUGCAUGAAGGUCCACAUCCAUAUUCAUUUGGAGUUGCAGGAAAUCAAAAACAAAUUUCAGCCGCAAGAAGACACACAUUGGGAAGUUCAAUAAAAGUAUCAGAAAAAGAGCUUACAUAUGACGUCUUCAGUCGAGCUGCAGCAGAAAUUGGGAAGAAACUAAAAGAAAUUGAGAAUAGGAACAGAUCAUUCAUUGAAAGUGACGAAGAUAUGAAUUUGUUGGAUCUUAAUAACAUUCCACGUGACUUCAGUGUUUUAAAGUUGCUGAAACCCGGCGAAACGCCACCUUCUAAAAAGCCAAGUAUGAAAACAAUUCAAAGGCCAUUAAGUGCAAGGAAAAAAGUGAAAAUUCAAAUUCCUACAAAAGCUCAUCAGCAAACUACACAAAUGCGGUUUGGUGCUGUGAGAAAGGUACCUAAAUCAACAGAAUACCAAAUGCCAACUACCAAUUUCAUAGUACCAGACUACGAGAUGACCAGAGUACCAGAGUACGACAGACCAAUUUCAAGUGGCAUAACACCUUACCAGCUAGCAAAAGCAAAACAUCAACAAAGGGUUCAAAGACCAUUGACUGCUCCAAAUAUAGUUUACAUUGUGCCACCAGAAAGUGUUCAGAAACCACAAAUCGUACCUGAGUUCCACAUGGCAAAUACAACUUUGCAACAUGGAGUUCAGCGACCACUAGGAACUAUUAGAAAAAUCCCUCCUCAAACACUAAACACUAGCCUUGGACGAAUUGGAACUGCCCGAAAUGGACCAAAAGUAACAUACACUCCUAGUGUUCUCACAACAAAUCAUCGAAGUGAUCCUGAUAAUUUAAAUUGGAGUUGGAAAAAUCGAAAUGUGAAAUUGAGAAACAAAAUCUUGAAUAGAACUGCAGCUUAUAAUCAGAAUGUAAGUCUUCAAAGACCAAGAGAAAUUGGAGUUCUAGAUCCAUAUUCACUAAUGGAAUUGGCCUUGCCAUUGGAAUUUGAGUACUAUCGUAAGAAACAAUUUGAUCCAUCAAGUAGAUUGCCUCAAUGGAUCAGCACUGGAAUUCCUCCUCCUGCACCUUGGCGAACUACUGGACGAGAAAGAUUUGAGAAUAAAAUUGAUCGUUUGUUCAAUUUGAAACAUUAUUUGCUCACAAGAGGAAUUCAAAGUUUCGAUGAAGCUGCAAGACUUAUAGCAGAAGAAACAGGUCAACAAAGUAUUCGAGUGCCUUCCUUCCCUAAACAAAUAGGAGUGCCGUUAGGUUGGGAAAAUGAAAGAAGAUUAUUCGAAAGACACGAGAAUGAUUUUGAACGAAGGAAAAGAAUGGUGAAAAUAAUGAGAAAGCAAUUGCAACGAUUCAAAGAAGGAAGAACUUGA